AUGUUUUAAGCAAAAGACCUUGGUGGGUUUAAGCAAAAGAAAUAACAAGUUAAUAUAAUUUUAGAGAAGGUUACUGUCGACUAAAUUGUUAAAAAAAAUAAAAAAUUCACUUUUGAAUUAAUUGGAUAUGAUUUUAUGGUAACUAAGUAAGGCUAAGUUCUUCUUAUUGAAGCUAAUACAAAUCCUUGUUUAGAAUUAUCAAAUGAAAUUUUAAAGAAAUUAAUACCAAGGAUGUUAAAAACUUUUAAUUGCUAUCCGAAUGAAUUUAAUGUUUUCAAUUAUUUAAGUUAUGAAAACUUAUGGGAGUUAUUAGGAUAAAUAUGA